AUGGAAUCAUCACCAGAACCAGACGGGUUUGUGGUCGUCGAUGUCGGAGGCGAAAACCCCGACGAGCCCCACACUCCAGACAGAGAAUCGCUAGACAACGGCCAGACAAUCAAAGAGUGGCUGGAACCGACCGACUACGACAGCGAGGCUAGCGAGUACAAAAAACACCUGGCUUCGCGUGUUCCUGGUACUGGUGAUUGGAUCUACGACACCGCCGAAUAUCAAAGGUGGCUGUCUUCUGGUACACCGUUAUGGAUCAAGGCAGUGGCAGGAGCUGGCAAAAGUGUCCUUGCCGCCUCGCUUAUCUCGACUCUAGCCCAGAGGGGAGGCCCAGUGUUGUUUUUCUUCUUCCGACAGAUCAUCGCGGAGAAUCAUGACUGCCACACUCUUGUGCGGGAUUGGAUCUCGCAGACUAUGGCUUACUCCCCUGCACUUCGGAGCCAGAUUGCUCAGUUGAUGACAGAAAACAACUCUGCGAAGGAUAUCACCCUUGAAGAGCUCUGGGGUUUUCUAGUUGACGCUUUGAGCGCACUCCCUAACGCGUACUGUGUUGUGGAUGCUCUGGAUGAGAUGGACGCUAAGCAAAUCGACUUUUUGCACAAAUUGAUCCAACUGGGCAAUUCUGCGAAGUUAGUUAUGACCAGUCGUCCACUCCCUCACAUUCAGAACAUUCUGCGCCAUUCCGUUGUGGAGCUCCGCAUGGAUUCCGAGCAAAUGAACCGAGAUAUCCCAGUGUAUAUUGACUGGCGCUUGUCCCAAGAGAAUAUGAUUCAGUCAGAAGUGAAGCAAGUGAUUCAAACCGAUACACAGGCCCGGACACAUCAAUCAUUUUUGUCUACUCGUCUGAUUCUAGACGAAUUGCUCAAGGACCCUGCAGCUUUAUGUCCAGAAUCGACACAGAAAUUGCUGCAAUCUCUUCCUCGAAAACUGGAGGACAUAUAUACUCAGAUGAUUCACGAUCACUCACAUCGCUCGAAUGUGCCGCAAGAGCGCCAGAUUCUGAUUUUUCAAUGGGUCACACAUGCAAAACGGCCCCUUCGCCUAUUGGAAAUCACAGCUUUACUCAACUUCCAUGAUGGCACAGAAAACACCAAGGAAACAGUUCGCAAGGCAUGCGGGCCACUAUUGGAAAUUCUGGAAGAUGAAACGGUGUCAGUGAUUCAUCAUUCCUUUACCGAAUUUCUACUCGAUUUAUCCAGGGAUGCCACCGCAUUUCCAGUUAUUGAGUCAUCUAAUUGCCGCUUUAUUCUCGCGUCGACCUGUCUCAGGUACCUGAUGGCGAUCCCGUCUUCCAAAUGGAACGGUUUCUGGGACGAAGGUCGAAAGUCUAGGUCUGAAAAUUCCACUCAUCUAGACUACCCAUUUGUUCAAUAUUCCAUGGAAAACUGGCCCUUUCAUGCACGAGAAGCGCCGAUGCGGAAUGACUUGCUCCAACUUCUUCAUACAUUUAUAUCCAAGGACAAUCUGGGACUCAUUGCUUGGGCUAGCAAAUUCAUGCCUCGCGAAGAUCAACAUCAAUCUCAAGAUGAAAACCAAGAACCUUGGGGGUCAGAGAUUCAUGUUGGAGCAUUCACUGGAAUCACCGAUUAUGUCCGACAUAUAAUAGGCACAUCUGAUGUCUCUCAGACUGAUAUAGAAAAGAGAACCCCACUGUUUCAUGCUGCAUUCUUGGGACACGACGAGUGUGUGGGCCUUUUACUCAACCAAGGAGCCAAGCCAGACGUGGUUGAUUCUGUUGGGAGACAACCUAUUCAUUAUGCAGCUCGGGCUAACCGCUAUAACGCCGUUCGUCUUCUCCUUUCGGCUGGUGUGAGCCCACUGGUCACCGUGUCCAAAAGGGAUGAAAAACAUGAGUCUCCCCGUCGCCAAUCUGACUUUGGGUUCUCGGCCUUGCAGGUAGCCUGCAAAGCUGGUUAUGUCGAGUCUGUCCGUGAAAUGGUCUCCGUCGUCAAACCAGACGAUCUGAAUUCCUGCUUAUACUGGGCAGCUUCAGCAGGGCACACCAACGUGAUGAAGUUUCUGCUUAAUCUACCCUCCGUGGAUGUGGACGCACUCCACGAGGGAAAUUCGCCUCUAUUUAUUGCUGCAAAGAACGCGCAUUCAAGUGCUAUUGCGCUCUUGUUAAAGCACGACGCGGACCCCCAUCUUCGGAGCAGAGGCUUGUCUAUAGAAGGAAAGAGCAUUGACAAGCAUGAAAUUGGAUACACUCCUCUUCACAGCCUCACUGGGUCUGAAGAGACGACAGUUUACCAGCGCGACUUGCAUGAAUGCUUACAGCUUCUCCUCCACGCUGGCUGUGAUGUAAACGCUCAGGACAACAUUGGCCGGAGUCCACUCCAUAAUAGUGCUGCCCAUAAUCUUACAAUUACAACCGCAUUGUUAGAAAAUGGAGCGGACCCAAUGCUAAUGGACGACUCCGGAGAAACGCCCCUCCAUAAGUAUCGGUCUGGGAUAAUGGUUCCCUAUGUCCGGGAAGAUGAUGGCUCCGGUCUUAGAGCAUUCGUCGAACAUGGAGCUCGAGUUGACGUGCGUGACCGAGAAAACGGAAAGCCGGCAUUUUGGAAUGCAGUCCUCGCUGAGGACGACUCUAGUUUCGAACACUGGGUGCCCUUUGUAUCCGACUGGAAUAUGCAAGACUAUGACGGGUUCAGUGUAUUACACUUUGCCAUGCGACAUUCCAGAGACGGAGGGAUCAUCAAGAAACUUUUGGAACUAGGCGCAGACCCGACUAUCCGGAAUCAUCACCUGGAAACUCCAUUGAAUAGUCUGGGAGACUGGGGGUAUGAUGAGGACUGCGUGCAAGUUCUGGUUGAUGCUGGUGCAGACCUCGAAUCCAAAGACGACCUGGGAAAUACCCUGCUGCUGCAUACCGUUGCUUCUCGUCAGGCGUAUUUAUGCAAAGCGGUCAGACAUCUGCUGCAUCUCGGAGCAGACGUCAACGUACGGGAUCACUUUGGCAAUGGUGUACUCCACGUGCGGGGAAUGGACCUUGAACUUCUCAAGCUACUUUUGGAAGCUGGAGCUGAUCCCUUGAUGGACAAUCACGAGGGGUGGACGCCGUUACACUCCAUAAUGCUUACACCGAGCAUUAAACUGAUGGAGAAGGCCCAGUUGCUUAUAAAUGCGGGCAUUUCUAGCACUGCUCAAUGCCAUAACGGUCUUACUCCAUUCCACCAUUUUUGCUAUCACGAGCCAUAUCUACUUGCACAAGGCUUUAAACAGACAGAAGGCGAGGGGAUAGCUCUUCUUGACCGAGUUCUGGCCUCGGAUCUCGCAGCUGGUGUCAAUAUACCCGACUAUGAGAACGUGUAUCCGAUUCACCUUGCGGCAGUUCGCUCCGAAGCACUCUUCUCCAGACUUGUUGAUCACGGUGCAGACCUGACAGUCUUGACUCGUGCGUCCAGAAAUGUACUUCAUGUUGCCGCCAUCACACGCCAAACUGGUAUUCUUAGUCUUGCAUUGGAGAAAUGUUCCCCCGGUGAUCGCGCAAAACUUGUGAAUCAAAAGAGUCUUGCUGGUCGGACUCCAUUGCACGACGCGUGUCGUUCAGGGAAGUAUGAGAGUGUUGCUUUACUGCUGCAGGCGAAUGCAGAUGUUAUGGCCCGAGACAAGAAUGGCCUGACGCCUCUCCAUGCCUGUGCCGAGCUGCCCCGCGAACAAGAUCUGUGGGAUAUCGAUUUAAACAAGUUCAAGGGGCCAGAAAUGGCCAUCCUUGAUUCCUUCCGACCCGACCCCAAAAAGUCAGAACAGCCCCAAAGCUUCUAUGGGAAGGUCUGCAACGAAGUGCACAACGCACGGGUAAAGGGCAUCAUACAUUUGUUGCUGGACCAUGGCGCCGAUAUUGCUGCUACCGACAACGUGGGAGGUACUCCGCUGGAUAUUGCGGUGGACGACGAAUUUUCCGAGAUGAUUACGGUCCUGGCACCGCUUGUUGACCAAGCCGGGAAAGGCAGAACUCCAGGAAGAAGGUUCGAAGAGAAGUACUUCACCUUGAACAGUGAACCUAUCAUCUCCAUAUUGGAAGAGCAGCUCAGCGAAGGAGACAGUGUGCAUCGCAUGGGUCUUCAUUUACUACAAAAUAGAGAAUACGAGUGUCUUGAGUUCCUCGCCUCGAAAGCUGACAUGCGCAAACGAGAUUCCGACUUGACGGACCCAAGCGUCAUGACUACCCUUGCGUGGCUUGGAUAUCCCGAACUCUUCAAGACUCUUGGCAAAACAAUCCAAGACCCGGGCUGGGUCAAUGGCGGCCCUGGCGAAGAGCCAUACCUCCUGGCAGCAGCUAAAAGGAGCUCCGCAAACCUGGAUGUCAUCAAAGUUAUAGUGGAAGUUUUUGAAGCUGAUGUCAAUGUUAUGUCUCAUGAAGGUGCUCUUCACAUUCUUGCACUCGCUACUCGAUGGUGGCAGGCCUCUGCGAUUGAAUAUCUAGCCCAACACGGAGCAGAUCUCAAUCUCCGCAAUGCAGAGGGAGAAACUGCUCUACACCUUGCUGUCCGAGCACGCAAGAUAUGGCACACGGCUUAUCGAGAAAAAGAGAUUGUUCAGCUGUUGCUGAGACUUGGGGCUAAUCCAGAUGUGAUGGACAAUAAUGGCAGGACCCCUCUCGCCCUCAGCGCACAGAACCCAGAGAUUUUCAAAAUUAUGGUCCAGCACGGCGCAGAUAUCAAUUUCGGUAACUACCCAGUUCUUUACUCGGCAAUGGAAUCACAAAAUGUCGACGCUGUAACUUUCCUUCUGGAUUCAGGGCUGGAUUGUAACAAGAUGAUCCGAGUACCCAACUGUCCACUGGAUCCUUGGAAUGAUCAUCGGGGAAACCAGAUCUUGGUGGAGGAGUAUUAUCCUCUUCAUUACGCCGGGCAGGCCAAAUGGAACCAACCCGACAAGCGCCAAAAGGCUGCGCACAUCAUCCAUCAAUUCCUCGAGCACGGAGCAGAUGUUUUCCUUCCAUUUUGCGGCUCAACCAUCUUGCACAUUAUAGUGCAAGAGGGUGGUAUCAUGGAGCCCUUUCUUUCUAUUCCGGAUCUCGACUUGGAAACUCGAGACGGCCACGGUCGGACUCUGUUGCUAGCCGCGUGCAUGUGUAACUUCCCCAUGGACUGCGGUCGACUUGAGUGGUAUGACCGAUGCCAUAAUCCAGAGGCACCGAGAGCCCCAACCCGUGCGAAAAUUCUGUAUGACAAGAACGCCGACUUAUCUGCCGUGGACGAGUACAGCAAUAACGCCAUCCAUCUUCUAGUUAUCUCUACGCAGGAGCCAACCCCCCUUGAACGAGAUCCGGAGGAGAACACCGUGUUGCAUUACCUGGCCGAGUCUAUGGUAGAACCAUCAGAGUUACCCGGUCAAAUAUUCAACAGACUCGUUGCAGCAGGUGUGGAAGCCAAUGCGCUCAACCAGAAGGGUGAAAAUCUCAUGUUUCCGUAUUGCCGGGAGCUGGCUGUCUGUGAUUACCGUCCUCGAGUGAUCUGGCACAUAGACGUUCUGCUCAAUACCGGGGCAGAUAUCUUUGCUGUCAACAAUGAAGGGUGCACUUUGCUGCAUGCUCUUGCGGCGUCCAACGGGGACAAACACAAACCAUAUCCGGAUGGCAUCAAGGCGUUUAAGCGCCUUCUGGACCUGGGAGUGGAUCCAAUGAAAGAAGAUAACAGGCAGAGAACGGCUGUUGACAUGGCGGCCGCGUACUACAAUACUCCCAUCUUAGAGCUGUUCCAGAAGAAAUGA